GGCGGGUGAACUAAGCUGGCCUCCAUGAAUGCCGGAGCCUGCAACUGCUCGGAACCUUGGCUGGCAGCGCUUCUGGUUCACAAUUAAGCACGCCGUUGAAACCUACCACGAUGUUAAAUAUCAAAAGCCUGAUGAUUUUAGACCGGGCGAGAUGGCACAUGCGAGGGGUGUCGUACUACACAGUUACUGGGACUUCCUCGUUCGGAAUGGUUAUGAGCUAACCGAGGAUGAGCGUUGGCUUAUUCGAAACGGUGCUGGUCCGAAUACAUCAAAGCUAGCAAAGCCCGUCUUGGUGCUCAGACGCUUAGGCGCCGGGAAGUACAUCGUCUGCAGAUUUUCGUCUUGGGGUGGCAGGGUUGCACCUGGCGAAAUUAUGAGUCCGAUGCAACGUUAUUUCGCUUUUUCGACUUCGAAAGACUUGGGACAGUGGCCGAAGGGGACGAAAAUCCUGCGCACUUCACCUCCUCAACCCAAACCCAAUGCAAUCAUUGCAAUACCAACGGAAAGCAAAGGAGUCGAAUCCGUCGGUUGGAAAACGCGCUGUUUCUUAUGUAUUGGUCAAUUGGAGAGACUGGAGGCAAUGAUUCGAAAGCGAGAAAGCGACUUCCCGCUUAUUGCGGAAAAACUUCGACUUGAGGAAGCCGAGCUACAGAGAACGAAGCGGAAGCAUUUUGAUAAAUGGACCCCUGAAAUGUUCGAAGCUUUUGGCCUUUCUCCGAAGGCAGAUUCAUCGGUAUCACUUGAUGAAAAGCACUCAGCUUGGAGGAAGGGAGACUACGUCACGUACGUGCGCGGCCGGCCGAUAUCACUUCCUCGGAACGCAAAAGUAGAAGAGAGAAAGUAUCGGGAUGUUAAAGCACCGCGACUUCGAGUAUGCAAGCCGACGAACCUCAUCAAUUGGCCGUUCGAUCGUUCGCUUGAUGAAUUUAUAGACUGUAACUUUCAUAUGGAUCCGGCGAGACGUUUGGGGAGAAACAUCAACUAUGGGAAGGUGAAGUAUAUGCUGCCUCGAGCAGUGGAUAAACCACUUCGCUCGGAAACGCCACACCCGGAUCCGACAUCUCUAAGACGCGUAAACCGUCGGCCCCCGGCACCCUCGCUGCGUCGUUCUCGGUCACUUUCCACUGUUGCUCGACUUUGCAAGCACAGUACCUACAUUCCGCAUGCGAGAAGCCUCACAAUUCCUGAACAUCCGAUGAGCAAAGGCCGACAAGCACUUCCGUACUCUGCAACACGUCAUCGGCCCGCUACGGGUUCCAAGCUCCUUUCACCUCUAUAUGAUAUGAUGCAUGUUUCGUGUAGGCAACGUGCGCGUGUAUAUGCUUCUGGACGUGAUUUGCAAUUUGCGACACCCGAUGCCAACGUGCGCACCCAGCUGAUCUGGUGCGUUUACCCGAAGGAUGAGAAGUGGUUUAUCCAGGAUGCCGCCGUCUUGCAUAAAGUUCAUGAGUAUUAA